UCCUCCAAAAUAGAACAUGGAGAAAUAGCUGGAUUUCUGAGACGACGACGCAAGAAAGAAGAGCCAGCAGCAGCAGCAGAGGAACAGCAGCAACCCCCAGUUCAAAUUUACAUAACUACCCACUCACACCUCCACUCCCACACUCACUUCCCUCUACCCUUUUCGUCCAAUUCAGAUUCCAACAGAUGGAGUCGACGGCGGAGUCGGUGGACCAAGUGGUGGAGGAGAUUAUGAGAAUCCACAGAUCCUUGCCGCCGCGGCCCGGCAUCGACGAGGUGGAGGCGGCGAAGGCGCUGAUUCAAAAUGUGGAGAAGGAGGACCAGGCCAGGCUGGAAGCCAUUGCUAAACAGACCAAGAGCAACAACGUCUCCGAAGAGCUCUUCAUGGUUUUGCAGGAGAUGCAGAAGAACAUGGUCUACUUCAACAGCAGAGAGCAGAAGCAGGAGGCCUUGAAGUUGCUCGAUCUUGAAAAUCUUCACGAAUUGUUCGACGAUUAUAUCCAGAGAGCUUCCACCUGCGUUUCUUCUUCUUCUUCUUCGGCUCCGUCGUCUUACACGAAGUCGAUUCCCAAGGCUAGACCUAAGCCGUUGGAUUCCGCCGCGGCGUACGUGUACCGCUCCGACAGAGAAGUCGGUAAGGCUAAAGCCAUGGUCAGCCGAGACGACAGUUACGUGGUCAACAAGGCCAAGAAGAGCUUCUACGCCGACGGAAUUGGGCCUGGGCCGGCGGUUUCCGCCACGCCGCAGAUUGCCGAUUCGUCUCUCAAGUCUGGUCUCGCUCUUGCUUCAUCUGGCGCUGGAGCUGGAGCUGGAGUGUUAGGGUUAGGUCAAGAGGGUGAGAAAUUGAGUUUGAUAAAGCUAGCGAGUCUAAUUGAGGUCUUGGCCAAGAAAGGGACUAAGGAGGUUAAUCUUCGAAACAAGUUGAAUGACCAAAUCGAGUGGCUACCUGAUUCGAUAGGAAAGCUUUCGAGUUUGCUGACUCUUGAUUUGUCUGAAAAUCGGCUUUUGGUCCUGCCAUCCACCAUUGGAGGACUUUCGACCUUGACCAAAUUGGAUUUGCAUUCCAACAGGCUCACUGAGCUACCGGACACUUUUGGGGAUCUUCUUAGCCUUGUCCAUCUUGACCUUAGGGCAAACAAUUUGGCAUCUCUGCCUGCUACAUUUGGCCGAUUGGUGCGUCUUGAAGAGCUGGACUUGAGCUCAAAUAGGCUCUCUUUGCUUCCUGACUCAAUUGGGUCGCUUGCUAGUCUCAAGAGCUUUAAUGUGGAGACCAAUGAGAUUGAUGAAAUUCCUCAUAGCAUUGGUCAUUGCACGAACCUUAGGGAGCUCCAUGCUGAUUAUAACCGGCUUAAAGCACUUCCAGAAGCCGUAGGAAAGAUUGAGACCCUGGAGAUUUUGUCAGUGCGUUACAAUAACAUCAAGCAGUUGCCCACAACCGUGUCAUCUCUACUGAGCUUGAGGGAACUGGAUGUGAGUUUCAAUGAGCUUGAGUCAGUGCCUGAGAACUUAUGUUUUGCCACCUCACUGGUCAAGAUGAACGUAGGAAACAAUUUUGCUGAUCUGCGGUCACUACCAAGGUCCAUUGGGAACCUUGAGAUGCUUGAAGAGUUGGAUAUCAGCAAUAACCAGAUACGGUUUCUCCCCGACUCUUUCAGGAUGCUCACACGACUACGUGUUCUACGUGUAGAAGAAAACCCUCUUGAAGUGCCUCCUAGACAUAUAGCUGACAAGGGAGCGCAAGCUGUUGUCCAAUACAUGGCAGAGCUUGUCGAGAAAAGAGAAGUUAAAGUACAACCGACUAAGCAAAAAAAGAGUUGGGCUCAAAUCUGCUUCUUCUCAAGGUCAAACAAAAGGAAGCGCGAUGGUGCAGAUUAUGUGAAAGCCUGAUUGAUUACUAAAUAACAGAGAAGAGACUUGACGAUUUCAAUCAAGGAUACCAGGCUACUACCAGCUGUUAGCAGGCUAGAUGAUUUCAGGGACUAUGAAUCACCCUCAUCUCAUUUGGAUUGGGUGGGUUUCAAAAUUUGCUCCAUUGACUAUUGCAUACCAAAUUGUAUAUCGUUUUUUCCCGUUAUUGUUACAUUUUUUUUUAUCCAUCUGUAUUUCUAUUGUCUUCUAGUCAAAUGAGGUGCACAAUUCAGCGGCAUAUAGGAAAAGGAAAGACGUUGUACUCUGUAUAUCACCUCCAUUGUUCAUGAUAAAUUUCGUUGUAUCCACUUCCUCCCACUUGUAAUAGAAUUUGUUUCCGUCGAAAUAGAAUCUAGAAUCUUUUUUCCACUUCA